AUAUCUCCGAAACGGAGAACAACAACAAAAAGCCCAGUAAUAAAGGCACAGUUAAUCUCAGCCGUCGGAUCAUCAUUCGUCUCACAGAUCUUCUUCGUCUUCUCGAAAAGCCCUUUGCUCACCUCGCCGGCGAGCCCUUCCCUCGGAAGGGCUCUGUUGAACACGUGUAGAUUCUAAAGGUGCGUAUGAUGAUGGGGACUAGUAUUAUCAGCAAUCAAGCUUUACAUUCCCAGAGAUCGUCGAAUUAGCGAAUCUAUCAAUCGUAGUAAGCUUCUUCUUCUAGGGUUUCAUCGUUUCACUACUUAACCUGUAAAUGGGCUGUUUACAUUCCACGGCUGCGAGAGAAUAUUCGGGACAUGAGAACCCUGUCAAGCUAGCCUCAGAGACAGCUUUUAGUGUGAGUGAAGUUGAGGCAUUGUACGAGUUAUUCAAGAGCAUAAGCAGCUCCGUUGUUGAUGAUGGCUUGAUUAACAAGGAAGAGUUUCAACUUGCUUUGUUCAAGAACAGAAAGAAGGAAAAUUUGUUUGCCAAUAGGAUAUUUGAUUUGUUUGAUGUUAAACGAAAAGGAGUCAUUGAUUUUGGAGACUUUGUGAGAUCACUCAAUGUUUUCCACCCGAGUGCUUCUCUAGAAGAGAAAACAGACUUCACGUUUAGGCUUUACGACAUGGACUGCACGGGCUACAUUGAGCGCCAAGAGGUGAAGCAAAUGUUGAUUGCCCUUCUCUGCGAAUCUGAAAUGAAACUAGCUGAUGAUACCAUAGAAGCCAUACUCGAUCAGACAUUUGAGGAUGCAGAUGUGGAUCGGGAUGGGAAGAUUGGUAAGACAGAAUGGAGCGACUUCGUAAUCAAGAACCCAUCUCUGCUUAAAAUAAUGACUCUUCCAUAUCUGAGGGACAUAACGACCACGUUUCCAAGUUUUGUCUUUAACUCGGAGGUGGAUGAGAUUGCGACGUGACCAAACAAGUUGGUCUAUAGAGAGACCAAGUUGUAGGCUGGACCAAGAACAAGACCGAUUGUUACAGUGUUUAUGUAGUACCAUUCUCUUGUACUUUUUCGUUUCUGGUAUUCAAUUUCAGUGUCACUUACAGCAUCUUGAUAUAUUAUGUUGCAGUUCUACGAAAAGAUCAAUACCAAAUCUCAUUUCUUAUUAAAGAUUUGAAAGUA